AUAUUGAAGGCUCUGGCUAGUAAUCCAAUUAAUGUUGAAAUGUUGAGACAAUUAUCAAUUAGUCGAGGGGGUCUAGUUAGUAAUGAACUGCGGCAAAAAGCCUGGCCUCUGUUGUUAAACAUUGACAUAGACAACAUUCCUCCUAAACCUAAUGAAGAAGAAUUACAUUCACAUAAGGACUACGGUCAAGUUGUUCUUGAUGUUAAUAGAUCUGUCAAAAGGUUUCCUCCUGGAAUGCUAGAAGAAGUCCGAUUGAGUUAUCAGGAUCAGUUGAUUGACUGCAUCAUGUGGAUACUCGUCAACAACAUGGACCUUCACUAUUAUCAGGGGUUCCAUGAUGUUGUUGUCACGUUCUUGCUGGUCGUUGGAGAGAGGUUGACAUUCUGUAUUAUGAACAAGCUUGUGCAAAAUCACUUUCGGGAUUUUAUGGACAAGACGAUGGAUAAAACUAAUUUUAUGUUGAACUAUUUAUUGCCGAUAAUUGGAAAAGUAAACCCCAAACUUAGGAAGUUUCUUGAAAAAUCAGAAGUUGGAAUGAUAUUUUGUUUAAGCUGGUUGAUAACUUGGUAUGGUCAUGUUCUGAAAGAUUUGAAGGAUAUUGUUCGGCUUUAUGAUUUUUUCAUUGCCUGCCACCCGCUUAUGCCUAUUUAUCUUGCUGCUGAUAUUGUGCUCUACAGACAGAUCGAAGUGAUGUGUUGUGUCUGUGAAAUGCCCUACGUUCACAGAUUCCUUUCGCAACUUCCUGACGAUCUCCCAUUUGAACAACUAAUCAUCAGUUCUGGUGAUCUCUUUCUGCAAUACCCACCGAGUGUAAUAAAACAUGAAGCUGAAAUGAUACGUGAAAAGUUAGUGUUGUUUUAG